AUGAGUCCAAUCGAGAUAUCUGGCCUCAGGGACGUCGCUAUUGAGGAAUACGUCAGUGACGUGAUGCUCGAGAAUGGCCUUGACCUCGAGCAGGCCUACAAGGAUCAGGAUCCAAACCUGUUCAUUGUGAAAGGAAUGAAGAUAGGCAUCGCCUGA